AUGGUGACGGUGAUGGGUGAAGAGGCCACCAAAUCCAAUCCCAAACUGACCCUGUUGCCUCUCAUAGCUCUAAUAUUCUAUGAAGUAUCAGGGGGUCCUUUCGGAGUAGAGGAUUCCGUUAGGGGAGGGGGUGGUCCUCUUUUCUCAUUACUUGGAUUCUUCAUUUUUCCUUUAAUAUGGAGUAUACCAGAAGCUCUUGUUACGGCUGAACUUGCCACCACCUUCCCUCAAAAUGGUGGAUAUGUUAUAUGGAUUUCCUCAGCCUUUGGACCCUUUUGGGGCUUUCAGGAAGGCUUUUGGAAAUGGUUCAGUGGGGUCAUGGACAAUGCUCUUUACCCCGUUUUGUUCCUCGAUUACAUCAAGCAAUCCUUGCCUCUCCUUGACCGAUUCACCGCUCGAGUCCCUGCUCUCUUGGGGAUCACAUUUUCACUAACUUACUUGAAUUACCGUGGUCUUCACAUUGUUGGCUUUUCUGCUGUUUUGCUUGCCCUUUUCUCACUUUCCCCAUUUCUCCUAAUGACCCUUCUUUCCAUUCCACUAAUAAGACCAAGGCGGUGGCUUGUUGUAGAUUUUGGCAAGGUGGAGUGGCGAAGAUACUUCAAUAGUAUGUUCUGGAAUUUAAACUAUUGGGAUAAGGCAAGUACCCUUGCGGGAGAGGUUGAAAAUCCAAGUAAAACGUUCCCAAAAGCACUUGUUGGAGCACUAGUCUUGGUGGUCUCCUCGUAUUUGAUUCCACUUCUUGCCGGAACAGGUGCUUUGGGGUCCUCGCCAAGUGAGUGGGAAGAUGGUUAUUUUGCACAGGUGGGGAUGUUCAUUGGUGGCUCUUGGCUCAAACUCUGGAUUCAGGUAGCUGCUGCUAUGUCUAACCUCGGCUUGUUUGAAGCAGAAAUGAGCAGUGAUGCUUUUCAACUUCAAGGGAUGAGCAAAAUGGGAAUGCUUCCAGCACUAUUUGCCUCAAGGUCUAAGUAUGGAACGCCCACGGUUAGCAUUUUGUGCUCUGCCACUGGAGUUAUCUUCUUGUCGUGGAUGAGCUUUCAGGAAAUCAUAGAGUUCCUCAAUUUCUUAUAUGCCGUAGGAAUGCUUCUUGAGUUUGCAGCUUUUAUAACUUUGAGGUUGAACAAGCCAAAUCUUUACAGACCUUACAGAGUUCCGUUGCCAACAUUUUGGGCGGCCAUGAUAUGUUUGCCUCCUGCAUUAUUGCUUAUUCUUGUAAUGUGCUUGGCUUCUUUGAGAACGUUCUUUGUCAGUGGAGCUGUAAUUCUCCUGGGGUUCAUCCUGUACCCUAUCUUAGUUCAAGCCAAAAAGAAGAACUGGUUUCUGUUCGAAGAAGAACCACCCUCCUUACAUUCCACUGGCUGGCGCCAAUGUCACUCAGUUGUUUCAGAAUUCACUGACCUCGACCGAGAAAAUAAGGAUGUUGAGCUUCUUGUGAGCUCACCAUUUUCCAGUGUGGAAGAAGACUUGUCUUUAGUGCAAAGUGAUUCUAAAGUCUAA